GGGGGAGAGAGAGUGAGACAGAGAGACUCAGAAACAUAAGCUGAUAGCGCAGAUUAAAAUGCUUUAGAGGGAGAGGGAGCGCGACAAAGACGAAGCCCUAAAUUCUCUCUCUCUCUCUCUGUGGAAAAUCUCUCUCCCGGAAGAAGAAUUAGCAGUGUUUCCAUUUCCAGCAUCGAAAUCAAAAUGGUUUGUUAUCGUCUUCCCCGCCUCAUUUCACCCUAGCCAUCUUCCCGCUUCAUAACAAGCUGGGGAGAGGGCAUAGGGACAAAAUUCAGCAGUUCAUGACAAUAACUGGAUCGAGCGAAAAGGUUGCCCUUCAGGCCUUGAAAGCUAGUGAUUGGCAUCUUGAAGGAGCGUUUGAUGCAUUCUACAGCCAGCCCCAGGUUAAAUCAUAUGCUGAUACUAGACGUUUGGAGGAACUUUACAACAGAUAUAAAGAUCCAUAUGCUGACAUCAUUUUGGCUGAUGGUAUCACGCUCCUUUGCAAUGACCUUCAGGUUGAUCCGCAGGAUAUUGUUAUGUUAGUGCUUUCUUGGCACAUGAAGGCUGCCACCAUGUGUGAAUUUUCCAAGCAGGAGUUCAUUGGUGGUUUACAAGCUCUUGGGAUAGAUUCACUGGAGAAGUUCCGGGACAGGAUCCAAUUUAUGCAUUCUGAACUGAAAGAUGAGCAAAAGUUCCGUGAGAUCUAUAACUUCGCUUUUGGCUGGGCAAAGGAGAAGGGCCAGAAGUCUUUAGCAUUGGAUACUGCAAUAGGGAUGUGGCAGUUACUUUUUGCCGAAAAACAGUGGCCAUUGGUUGAUCACUGGUGCCAGUUCUUGCAGGCCCGGCAUAAUAAGGCAAUCUCUAGGGAUACCUGGUCUCAGCUACUGGAAUUUGCAAGGACGGUGGAUCCAACGCUUUCAAACUACGAUGCAGAAGGUGCUUGGCCGUAUCUGAUCGAUGAAUUUGUUGAAUACCUGAAUGAGAACGGCAUCAUUCAAAAAGGUCAAAUAAAUGAAUGGUCCCAGAAACGCUGAUGGACUGCUGGGCUGUGGUUGUUUGCUGUGGGGGUGCCUAUUUUAUCUAUGAUUUGAGUUUCUGUUGCCCAUUAAUUGAACCCUCUCUUUACCUAAAGAAAAAGUGGAACACAAAAAUACAAAAGAUGGACAAAUGUUGAAUUUGGGAGUUGUAGUUCACCUCCAACUUGGGCUCUUGUUGUCGUACUCUUUGCAGUGAUGGGAUUGGAUUGAUUGUUGAUAUGGUUGGUUGGUAUAUGAAAUGAAUUUUCUGAUGAAAUAAAUUGUCACCCUUUUUGUAUGAUUGG